AUGGCGUCAACGUUCCAAUCCCUAUUCAAAAUGCUGGCAGGACACGAAGAGCAACAUACACAACAACAAGAAGACCAGGUUCCCUCUUCAAUUGUACCCGAGCAAUAUCAAAGUGCCGGGUAUUGUAAUGAUGUAUCAUUCCUAUCAGCUUCCCCGGUUCCUAUUCAGCAGCAACAAGCAUCCAUGCUCUCCCCUUCUUAUGGUUGCUUGGAUACAAAUGGCUAUGGAAAGACAUAUGAAAUGUCAAAUAACUUAUAUAUGCCGAGCAACAUGUGCGCAUCUUGGUUGCCUAUGGAAAAUGACUUUUCCCUUGGAGACGUGCUUGACGACGAAUGCUCAUGGCUGGCAACACCACAAUCGCAUGAAUCUUUCUUGACAACACCACCACCACCAUCAUUGACAUGCACUAGCAGUCCUUGUCUUGAUGAUUAUGCUUCAUCACAACCAUCAAUCUAUUCUCAGCAACAUACACCACAGCUUGCUUGGACUUCUUCUUCAACGUCAGCCGAAAGCAGUAUUGGAUCAGUGAGCUGUAAUCAAUCUUCAUUAUAUAACAAUGGUCCCGUCAACAAUACAACGGAUUGCACGCUUCUUUGUCUCUCACCUCCACAAUCAUGCUCAACCAGCGCCACCACUCUUGCACAGCUUGUUAAUGGCCUUUCAGUUGACGCAUCACCAACACCCACUACGUCUGAUGGAAUGUUACUACAACCAUGGCUAGAGCAACAGGUCUAUGCUCAACAACAACAACAACCACCAACACCACCACAACCUGAUGAGCAGCCACGAGCGAAAAGAGGCCGGCAAACUUCUGCCACAAAAAAGAAGCCUGUACGACGCACACGACAUAAAUGCCCUUUUUGUUUCCACACAUCCAAUCGGGCAAAUAACAUGAAGGAGCACAUCAUGACCCAUUAUCCAGACCGGCCCAAGGAUUUCAAAUGCAAUCUUUGUGACAAGGCAUUUGCAAGGAAGCAUGAUAUGAAGCGACAUCUUAAGACACAUGAGCGACGUCGUAAACCGCGUUAUCCAGGGACUCUUCUUUUCUGCUAA